AUGUUGGGGAUUACUGAGAUUUUUAUAGCUCUGGUAGUAUGUCUCCUGAUUUUGCAGCUCCUAAAGCUGCAAUGGAUGCGUACCCAGCUUCCUCCAGGACCAGUUCCUCUCCCCAUCAUCGGAAAUUUGUGGCUGCUGGACUUCAAACUUCGCCGAGAAACUCUCAGUAAGUUAACCAACAUCUAUGGAAACAUCUACACUCUGUGGAUGGGACAGACACCUCUGGUUGUACUGAAUGGAUACAAAGCAGUAAAAGAUGGCAUCGUCACCCACUCAGAAGAAGUUUCUGGAAGACCUCUCACCCCUUUCUACAGAGAUAUGAUGGGCGAGAAAGGUAUUUUCCUGACAAAUGGCCACACCUGGAAACAACAAAGACGCUUUGGCAUGACAAUUAUAAGAAGCCUGGCACACGGUAAGAACAAUUUGGAGCGUCAAAUUCAAACAGAGGCCUGUCACCUUGUGGACAUCUUUGCAAACACAAAAGGCAAACCUUUUGACCCCCACACUUCCAUCGUCCGUGCAAUUGCAAAUAUCAUUUGUGCUGUUGUUUUUGGUCAUCGCUUCUCCAGCGAGGAUGAAUCUUUCAGCAAACUCAUCAAAGCUAUUUAUUUUGUGAUCUAUUUUCAAGGUACUAUCUGGGGCAGGCUAUACGAUGCUUUCCCAUGGCUCAUGCACUGUCUCCCAGGGCCUCACCAGGAAGUGUUCGCAUACAACGACUUCAUGCACAGUUUAGUCACGAAGGAGGUCCAGGCUCAUGAGAGACAGAACACAGGUGAUCCACAGGAUCUCAUUGACUUCUACCUGGCUCAAAUAACAAAAACCAAGGACGACCCUACUUCUACAUUCAAUAAAGACAAUAUGGUUCAGACUGUGGUUGAUCUUUUGCUGGGAGGGACAGAAACAACAAGCACAACCCUUCUCUGGGCACUGCUCUACAUGGUACAAUACCCAGAAAUACAAGAAAAGGUUCAAAGAGAGAUAGAGGCUGUUCUGGAACCCUCCCAUGUCAUCAGCUAUGAAGACCGUAAGAAGCUGCCCUACACGAAUGCUGUGAUUCACGAGGCUUUGCGCUACAGCAACGUCACCUCCGUUGGGGUACCUCGACAGUGCCUGAGGAGUACAACUCUGUUGGGUUUCCACAUUAAAAAGGGCACACUUGUGUUGCCAAAUCUGCACUCUGUGGUGUACGAUACUGAGCACUGGGCAACCCCUUGGAAGUUCAACCCAGAUCAUUUCCUUGAUUUGGAUGGCAACUUUGUGAACAAAGAGGCAUUCUUACCUUUCUCAGCAGGGCACCGGGUAUGUUUAGGGGAACAGAUGGCACGAGUUGAACUGUUCAUCUUCUUUACCAGCCUCCUUCGGGCAUUUACAUUCCAGCUCCCUGAGGGAGUGAAGGAAAUCAAUCUGGAGUACAUUUUGGGUGCAAUACUGCAGCCACAUCCAUAUAAACUCUGCGCUAUUCCACGCUAGUCUGCAACACACUACAAUGCUGAGACUUCAACCUGUUCAUAACUGCAGAUCCUUUGAAAACACAUUUCACUAUCUCAAUCAUAUUCAAAUGUAGGUAGCUCAACACAGCAAAUGAAUAGUGUUUUUAUUUAGGAGUUCAUCUAAGUUCAUCAUAGUUCAUCUACUGACCUUUCUGAAAUGAAAAUAAGUGGACUUGCCAAAGCUCACAUACUUAAGUCUUUAGCAUAUACAAACACACAAUAUUUCCAAAAAAAAAUUGUAUUUUCACACUUACAGUAGCAGUGGAUUAGCUGUAGGAUUUUAGAGAAGUGGCCCGUAUCAAGUAGUUUCCUGCAUAUGUGCUCUGUCAGGUAUCACACUCUUAAAAUGGCACAACUGUUCAGUAAGCAUGCUUGAAUAAAAUUUUCUUCAGUAAGAUGUUACUCUUCCAAGUCCACAGGUCUUUUCUUACAUCUUCUCACGGGAGGUAACAGUGUACACACACACAGUGUUGAUUCCUUUGCUUUUCACUCUCCCACAAAGCAUUAUAUAGUGUAGCAUAAGCUUCACACACACAGAAACCAGCAUAGUGUGGGGCCUCUCAUAACCAUGGCCCAUUUAGAAAUCCUUACUUUUUUUUUUUGCUUCCUCAGUAUCAUCACAACUCGGGUCCAUGCACUUUCACAAACCUUUCCUUCUGUUUAGAAGGAUUCUUGUACGAUCCAAUAAUUUCCUAUUUGAAGAGAAAGGA